AUGUCGGAGGGGGAGUCCCAGGCAGUACUCAGCAGUGGCUCAGACCCAAAGGUAGAAUCUUCAUCCUCAGCUCCUGGCCUGACGUCAGUGUCACCUCCCGUGACUUCCACCACGACCUCAGCUGCUUCCCCAGAGGAAGAAGAAGAAGAAAGCGAAGAUGAGUCUGAGAUCUUGGAAGAGUCACCCUGUGGGCGUUGGCAGAAGAGGCGAGAAGAGGUGAAUCAGCGGAAUGUACCAGGUAUUGACAGUGCAUACCUGGCCAUGGAUACAGAGGAGGGCGUAGAGGUUGUGUGGAAUGAGGUACAAUUCUCUGAGCGCAAGAACUACAAGCUGCAGGAGGAAAAGGUCCGAGCUGUGUUUGAUAAUCUGAUUCAGUUGGAACAUCUCAACAUUGUUAAGUUUCACAAGUAUUGGGCUGACAUUAAAGAGAACAAGGCCAGGGUCAUUUUUAUCACAGAAUACAUGUCAUCUGGUAGUCUUAAGCAAUUUUUGAAGAAGACCAAAAAGAACCACAAGACUAUGAAUGAAAAGGCUUGGAAGCGCUGGUGCACACAAAUCCUCUCUGCUCUAAGCUACCUGCACUCCUGUGACCCCCCCAUCAUCCAUGGGAACCUGACCUGUGACACCAUCUUCAUCCAGCACAACGGACUCAUCAAGAUUGGCUCUGUGGCUCCUGACACUAUCAACAAUCAUGUGAAGACUUGUCGGGAAGAGCAGAAGAAUCUACACUUCUUUGCACCAGAAUAUGGAGAGGUUACUAAUGUGACAACGGCAGUGGACAUCUACUCCUUUGGCAUGUGUGCACUAGAGAUGGCAGUGCUGGAGAUUCAGGGCAACGGAGACUCCUCAUAUGUGCCACAGGAAGCCAUCAGCAGCGCCAUCCAGCUUCUAGAAGACCCAUUACAGAGGGAAUUCAUUCAGAAGUGCCUGCAGUCUGAGCCUGCUCGAAGACCAACAGCCAGAGAACUACUGUUCCACCCAGCACUGUUUGAAGUGCCCUCACUGAAACUCCUUGCUGCCCACUGCAUUGUGGGACACCAACACAUGAUUCCAGAGAAUGCACUGGAGGAGAUCACCAAAAACAUGGAUACCAGUGCUGUACUGGCUGAAAUCCCUGCAGGACCAGGAAGAGAACCAGUUCAGACUUUGUACUCUCAGUCACCAGCUCUGGAAUUGGAUAAGUUCCUUGAAGAUGUCAGGAAUGGGAUCUACCCCCUGACAGCCUUUGGGCUGCCUCGGCCCCAGCAGCCACAGCAGGAGGAGGUGACAUCACCAGUGGUGCCCCCCUCUGUCAAGACUCCAACCCCUGAACCAGCUGAGGUGGAGACCCGCAAGGUGGUGCUGAUGCAAUGCAACAUUGAGUCAGUGGAGGAGGGAGUCAAACACCACCUAACGCUUCUGCUGAAGCUGGAGGACAAACUGAACCGGCACCUGAGCUGUGACCUGAUGCCAAAUGAGAACAUCCCUGAGCUGGCGGCUGAGCUGGUGCAGCUGGGCUUCAUUAGCGAGGCUGACCAGAGCCGGCUGACUUCUCUGCUAGAGGAGACCCUGAACAAGUUCAAUUUUGCCAGGAACAGCACCCUCAACUCAGCUGCUGUCACAGUCUCCUCUUAG